CAUCAGGGGGCGUUUAGAAGCGUCGCGUUGGCGUUGGGGCUCUCAUUUGUCCUCCGAAGGUCCUGCCGUGUGUCAGCGUCGCGGGAUAGCCGAGCGUCGGAACGCGGGCGUCGGAAUUUUCGCGUAUCACAUCGGGUAGAUUUAUAAGUCAGGCGAUUCUGGCUUGUGCUGUUGUUUCGUAGACACUUUAAUUGGACGCGGUUCAGUUUUUUUCGGCAACAUGUUGAUAUUGAUGGUGGUGGCCGUCGCGAUGGGAGAUUUGUGGUCAGUGGACGGAUUGUACUUCACGAUGACCGAUAUGAAAAUGACGCUUCCAAUAUUCAAGACGAAAAAUCUAUCGAACAGAUCCCCUGUAAUGCAACUAUAUUAUCAAGAAGGAGGUACACAUAACUUCACGUUGAAGAAUGGACAGAAGUACUUCAGACUCACGCAAGAUGGCAGGUUGACGUUCAAUGAGAAGUUACAACAAAGAGGAAGGUUUGAGGGACUCGACAAUAUGUCCGCAGUGAUAUCAGGUCAAGAUUCGAAUUCGGAGGAUGAAACGUCUCUUGCAAUAGAUAUUUUACCUCUGGAUAGUCCAGAUUGUGACCUGAUGGUCGAGGAUUUAUGCUUCUGGACGUCAGUGAAAUACCGGAUCAAGGAGAACAGACCGAGGACCGUUUUGGGAACGCUCUCCAAUCCCUACUUGCUAGGGAUGUGCAAGGAUUUCGUACUCAAUUAUACCAUGAAACGUGAUUUGAACCGCUUCAUCUUGAAGCCUCCUGCCAAAAGAGGUGCAUCAUGGCUUCUGCAAACCUCAGGCCCUUUAGACAGAGAGGCACCGCCCAAUAAAGGCCCUCUAACCCUCACCUGUAUCAUAGAGGACAACAAGGCCAACCGUAGAGAAAUAGAGAAGAAUAUUGUGGUUGAAGUUUUGGAUGUAGACGAUAACUUGCCUAUACCACAAGAAGGAGAAUAUCACAUCAACAUGCCAAAGAAUAUCGUGCAUAAGGGACACAUGGUGGAGCAUCAAGCGCUAAUAUUUCAAGAUUCUGACUCAUUGGCAGUGAACAAGUACCAAACUGCAGUGCUGAAUGACACCCAUAGAGUAUUUAGGCCAAAUUGCAUAGACUAUCCUUGGGAUGAUUUAAAAAAGACCUUGACUCAUUGCAAAUUAGAAUUCGUCAAAGAUGCCCACUUCGACAAAACUCUAUAUUCAGUAGCAUUGAAAAUAGAAGACAUGACAUACGAAGGAAAUCACAGAAAAGUGGUUACGGUCCCAAUUCACCUCCACUUCAAAAACGAGUCUCUCCCAAUUCCAGCAGCUCUGAAGACCAAACCGGGAGGUCUGUAUCCGGAAAAGGAAAUAAGGAUAUUAAGGACUGCAGGGCCAUUUGCGAGAGUGGCACAACCGAGAUCGACCCUUAUGAACGGCACUAAAAGUUUCAAAAUUAAGGGUAAGAAGGGGACGAAGAUCUUCAAUGUGACACAUACAGAGGGCAUAGUCUACGUGCAAGAUUUCGUGACGCUUAGGAAAGCGAGCGAAUAUAUCAAGUUGAACAUAACAUGGCUUCGCAACGGUGUUCAAGAAUCCGAUGAGUUGGAAGUAAGAUUGAUCAGCGAGCCUAGAAAAAAUUGCGAGAACGUCGAUUUUUGGAUGUUCUGCUCCGAGUUUGGUAACAAGGAAAACUGCAGUUCCCACACAAACUGUGCAAUAGGCACUGGUGGCUACAACGCUGUACAAAACAGAGACCAGCUAGGUUAUCACCGAUGUGAAUGGAGAGGAGAAGAAAAUCCUUCAAUUUCCAUUCUAACCCCACUUUAUUCGACCUGCACCCCUGACGUCAAAACCUGUCCCGAUGGUUUUUGUGACUCUUUGGAGCGAUUGAACGACAGCAUCUGCCCUCAGGACUGCACAGAAAGUGUGGUUUUUCCAACAUCCAAGAAUCCCAGGACACACAGGGGUAUCGAAGUAGCUGCUGGAAUUUGCAUGUGUGACAGCAUUGGAUCUUGUCACUGUGGAAUUAAGAAUAAAAAGAACAAUAAUGCCAAAACCAAGACAACUCAGACACCCACAAAACCUUUUCUCAAAUCCAUGGAUAACAACUCAACAGCUGCAAACGUUACAACUGGUGAAUUCUUCAGUCACGUGUCCAAAUGUGGAACUUUAUGUGUGGUCGGCUUGGUAGCAGGAGUGUUUGUCGUGGGAUCUGUGGUCUCCUUUAUCGUGCUGUGCUGGAGGUUGAACAGCGUGAAGAAAGACGUGCACAAGAAGUUCGAGGACCAAGAGAUGAUGACGAAUUUGUCAGAAUAUACGAGAACUGACGGAAACGAUCUGCAUCUGCCUAUUCAAUUCGACAUGACUACCUCUUUGACAGACAAAAAUAUCAUCAAUCUUAUCAAGAAAUACGAGCCAGACCCAAAAUGGGAGUUUCCAAGAACACAGCUGCAGAUUGAACAAACGUUGGGCGAAGGAGAAUUUGGACGAGUGCUGAGGGCCAAAGCCACCGAUAUUAAUGGCCAGAACGGAGUCACGACCGUGGCCGUGAAAACUUUGAAGGACGACGCCCGCGAAUCGGAACUGAACGAUCUGCUGUCAGAAUACCAACUGCUGAAGGAGGUCUCGCAUCCCAACGUAAUCAAGUUACUGGGCGUCUGCACCACGCCUGGCGGACCGAUCUAUCUGAUUAUAGAGUAUGCGGAACACGGGGCACUUCGAAACUACUUGAGGAGGAGCAGAAACAUCAGAAUAUCCCAGAUUUCCUGCACACCCGACCAAGAGCAGAAAACCUCCCACUAUGACGAGCCCAAAACUAGCCAGGUGACACCGAAAGAACUCCUUUCAUUCGCCUGGCAGAUUUGCAACGGCAUGGCUUAUCUAAGCAGCAUCAAGCUGGUACACAGAGAUCUGGCGGCUAGAAACGUGCUUCUCGCUAAAGAUAAACUCUGCAAGAUAUCAGAUUUUGGACUGACGCGAGACAUUUACGAGGAUAACGCCUAUUUGAAACGGAGCAAAGGACGAGUUCCUGUAAAAUGGAUGGCGCCUGAAUCCCUUCAAGACCACAUCUACACGACAAAAUCGGAUGUUUGGAGCUUUGGCAUCUUGCUCUGGGAACUGGUGACCUUGGGAGCUUCUCCCUAUCCAGGGAUUGCAGUGCAGAACCUUUUCCAUCUGUUGAAACAAGGUUACAGGAUGGAGAAGCCCAACAACUGUUCCGAAAAAUUGUAUCAGAUGAUGAAGAACUGCUGGGAGCUUCAGCCAGAGAAUAGGCCACGUUUUGGCGAGAUGGCGUCUGUUUUGGAGAAGAUGCUUGGUGAUGGUAUUGAUUAUAUGGAUUUGUCUGAUAAUGUGAUUCAGAACAAGAGUUAUUUCUUUUCUCCAUUCGAAGACUUUGAAGAUAAACCAUCGAACAAUAUAAACUACUUGAGGAAUAAUGACACAGACGAAAAAUGCGGAGAGACUGAGAAGUUUUUACCUCAAGUUGUAGAUGCUGUGGAGAAGAAAGUUGAUCAAAACAAAUAUCAAAACACGACAGAUAUUCACAGAGGUUACGAAACUCCUGUUAAGAUUCCUCGGGCUGUUAAGACGCCCUCUAAUGAAAAUCCUCAAUAUUACACAGACAUGGAAAAAGGGAGUGAUGUGACAGAAUAAGGAGAAGAAAGAAUGAGAGUAUCUUUAGAAUAUUGAAAAUAUGCUGUGAAAAACAUUCCAUUUUUGUUAAUUAAUGGGAAAAUAUCUAAUCUUUGAUGAUGGAAUUACUGAGGAAUAGAAAUCGAAGCUAUAGUCAUACAUAUAAUCAAAAAAAUAACACAAAUUCGCAUAACUACACAAUGAAGUUUUCGACUGAAGAAGAAUAAAUUAAGAAAUAUUUUUAAUUAUAUUUUGAGUAGUUAGACUGUAUUUUUAUAAACCCAUUAUAGAUGUUUAAUAUGGAAAGUUGGCCAUGAUUUAAUCUAAUUGCUACCAUGUAAAGUCGAGCUUGACAUGACUAGUCACUUGUGAAUUAUUUUUAUUUUUGUUGUUAUUGUUUUUGUUGAUGAAUUGUAUAAACACUGACUGAUUUUGAAACACAACGUUUAGUUAUUGAACAUCACUUUGUACCUAUGAAUAUAUACUUGUUCAAGCUAUAGUUGUAAGCCUGUAAACAUUCCGUUUAAGUUUGUUGUGUAUUGAUAUCGAUGAAAUGUUGUAUAUAACUCAUUAUUGAUUUUGAAUAAAUU